CAUCUCUAGUGACCUUAGUAUGUGCCGGACGUCGUCGCGGAGUGUUGAGUAUUUGGUAUUAUUUACUUCAUUUUAUAAAUAUAUAUUUCGUUGGUUGUUGUGUGCCAAAGUUAGCGUUUUAAAUGUGCUGUAAUAAUACGUAGUUAAUUAGGUUUUUAUUACGUGUUUAAAUAAUUUCAGCUUUUGAUUUGUGCUUGAAUAGAAAUCUGAAUUUUUUAGCUAUCUUAUUAAACAUUGAAAAAUUUACUUAAAAUUCUAUUUUUUUUUUGUUGUAUUAAGAGUUUCUUAGGCAGCUGUUAAAAUUUGUAUGAGCUGAGUAAAAUAUUGAUAAGGUAAUAUCGCUUCCAGUUUGAAAUGUUUAUUUGUUUUUGGAAAAUAAAAAUGUUGAAUGAACUUUAGACGACUUCGUUGGGUUUUUUAGUUGAACAUUCCACUUUUAAGUCACUUGAUCACAAAAUUCAUCCAAAUAGUAGAUGAGUACUAUGAUGCGUUUUUAUAUUUUCACAACGGUAUCAUGUCUAAUUUUAUACAUAAAUUAUUCAAAUUCUGCACCUCAUCCGCCAUCCCCUUGUCCAGAUAUAUUUAGUUAUGAAGGUUCCGAACCUGAAGCCAACCGAUGGUAUGGUGAGAUAUCCUUAAAAACAGACGAAAAUCUUGUGGGUAUCCGGCUAGAUAUUGAGUUGGAUCGAUCUUCAGAUUUGAUGGUAUCGUGGAUGGGUGAAACUACAUCAAAUGACAAUGUCAAAUAUACUAUCUUAAACUUAAAUCAAAGACUAAGACCUGGACCAGCUGUACUGUCUCGAAUUAUGGUGAAGUUUAACCGGACGACAGGAAGUCCUCGAGUACGCAUAAUUCGAUUAAAUGGUCGAAAAAUUUGUCCUGAAGAUUCCCAUUACAGUUCAGAGUACGAUAUUACCACAAAAUCCACGAGGCCGUCUAAAAGACCUGAUCCAGAAUUUGGUGAAAAUAACAACGAACAUAACAUUGAUGAAUUCUCUCCAAGUUAUAUCAAUAAUGAAAAUAAUCAAAAUGGUAACAACAACAAUUAUGAUAAAGAUAAUAUAUACAAACCGACUACACAGUCACCAUAUGGUGGUACAGACCAUUCAUCAAAUAAUUACAAUAACGUCAAUGAUAAUGAUAGUAGACCAUAUAACAAUAAUAACAACAACAAUAACAACAACAUGAAUAAAGUAACUUCUACAGUUAGGCCUAGCGUCAACCCCAUCAAUAAACCUAAUACAGUGUCUUUGCAAGCCAACACUGAUUCAAACAACAAGGAUCAAAUAACAGGAGUUAUUGAUGAGUUACUGAGUAAUAAUUCAUCUAACAAUAAAACUGUUAUUAUAACUGUGAUAAACAAUAGCGACGAUCAGAAUCAAAAUAAUAAUAACAGGCCAUCUUCGAACAACAAUAACAAUAGACCAUCCUCAAAUCAAAAUAAUAAUAAUGCCAAUUCUAACAAUCGCCCAAAUUCUGGAAACAACAACAGUGGUAGUCGCCCCGUGUCCACAGAUAGUAACUCUAAUCCAUCUAGACCUCUGAAUAAUAACAAUAACAGACCUAAUGAACAACAAACAUCAUCGUCUUCCAUUCAAAAACCCAAUAAAAACCCUUCAGAUUCCUUUAGCACAACAAACUCGCAACAAGUUAGCAGUUCAGUUAGUUGUGGUGAAGUGAAACUUGCAGUGCCAUUAGUAACAGCUGGACAGUCGACACUCCGUGGUCAAUGGCCAUGGCAUGUAGCUUUAUACUUAAUUGAGGGAAUUAAUCUCAGUUACAACUGCGGUGGUUCCUUAAUAUCAAAAAACAAAGUCAUUACAGCUGCUCAUUGUGUAACUACUAAACAGAACGAUAUGGUUUAUAACGCUAGUAAAAUAGUCGUCUAUCUAGGUAAAUAUCAUCAAUUACAAUACAGUGAUGAGUUGGGAGUCCAAACUAAACAGGUCAUACGUAUUAAUGUUUAUCCAUCAUACAACAGCAGUAAUUAUUUGGGUGAUAUCGCUGUGUUAACUUUGUCAUCCGAAGCAGAGAUAACAAAUUAUGUGAAUCCUGUAUGUUUGUGGGAAGAAAAAACUAAUGAGUUGGAUGAUAUAGUUGGAAAAGAAGGAACGGUUGUUGGAUGGGGUUAUGACGAAAAUGAUGCGCCUACUGAAGAAUUGAAAAUGGCUAAGAUGCCUGUCGUAUCACAUCAGACGUGUCUUUGGAGCUAUCCACAGUUCUAUUCAGAAUUUACAUCAGAUAAGACAUUCUGUGCUGGGUUCAGAAAUGGUACAAGUGUUUGCAAUGGUGAUAGUGGUGGAGGCAUGGUGUUUCACAAAAACAAUCGAUGGUUCCUCCGAGGAAUCGUUUCCAUUACAGUAGCCAAAGAAGGUCUCAGAGUUUGCGACACGAGACACUAUGUUGUAUUUACUGAUGUUUCUAAGUAUUUAGAUUUCAUCAAGAAAAACAUGCGAUAAUUUGCUCAAUGAAAAUAUACAAGACUUAUGUAACCAUACUAUUUGAUUUUAUGACAUAACUGUGCAAGAUAUAAUCUAAAUUUACUUAUUCAUAAUUUAGUGUUUAAGAUCUUUUAAUAUCGUAAAUUAUACUAUUAUUAUUUUAAGGUUUACAUAAAAAAUUUUUAUUUAUA